GAGUUCCAUUUCCUAGAAGAAAGAAAGUUCAAAUUCAAAAGAAAGUGUUGGACCAAAAUUACUUAACUGCUGCCUGUAUAAAUGUACUUGGAAAUUAACAAAAUUAACUCAAGAAUUGUGUUUUAAUAUGGGUUGGGUAUUUUUCUUUUGCAGUUUAAUAAUCUUUCAAAUUUAAGUAUAUGGUCUUUUUUUAAUAAAUUACAACAUCUAAUUUAUUUGAUUAGUAAUGUCAAGAUAUUAUUUAAUUUUGAUGAUAUUUUUAUUUUAUAUUUUACUUGGUACUUUUUCUUUCUUUUUCUGUCGUUAGAGGCCAUUAACUUUAUUAUGAAAGUACUAUGGAAUUUUGUUAACAGAAAAAAAUUAUAUAUACUGAUUUAUUAAAAAAACUUAUGGACUUAAAAUAAAAAAUUAGUUAAACUAUAAGUAUAAUCUUUGUAAUUUCUCAAAUAUAUAUUAUGUUAGAACACACACAAAAAAAAAAAAAAAAAAAAAAAAAAAAAAAGGAAAGAACAUAUAGCAGGCUUAAAUUUAGGCUUGGUGAAUAAUAACCAACAAUAAUUCCUCCCUUUAAUUUUGUUCCUUCCAUUCCAUGUCUCUCUCUUUCUCGAAAAGAACAAAACCAUAUAUUUUCAUCCAUUUUCUCAAGAAACAAACAAGAAGAACAACCAAAACACAAAGUCUAGAGAAAUCCUACCAAAGCAACAUACUUCUAUUUGUCUCAUACAUCAUAAAUAAUCGCAACUUCCUAUCUUUUAUUUUCUUCUCUCUCUGCCGCUCCGAGAAACAGAAGAAAGAAAAAAGAAACCCUUCAAAUUGUCUUAAAAAAAAAAACAAAUAUACUGAAACUAUAACCAUGCACUUGUCAUAACCAAACCUACAAUAUCGAAUCACUACUACCCUUUUAGGUUUAAAAUGGGAACAGCAACAUCUUCAAUGGCAGCAAAAUUUGCCUUCUUCCCACCAAACCCACCAUCUUAUAACAUAGUCGUUGAUGAGGAAACUGGGAAACUAAGGAUCUCUUCAGAUGUACAGCAAAGAGACAACGUCGUUGAUGUGUUGAGACUUUGUACUAAGAAAGGGAAUGAGAUUAUUGCUAUGUACGUAAAGCACCCAUCAGCCUCUUUGACUGUGUUAUACUCUCAUGGCAAUGCUGCUGAUCUUGGUCAAAUGUAUCAUAUUUUCACUGAGCUUAGUUUGCACCUUAAUGUUAAUCUUAUGGGGUAUGAUUAUUCUGGUUAUGGACAGUCUGCCGGCAAGCCAAGUGAACAAGACACAUAUGCUGAUAUAGAGGCUGCAUACAAAUGCCUGGAGGAGACAUAUGGAGUGAAAGAGGAAGACAUAAUAUUGUAUGGCCAAUCAGUAGGAAGUGGACCUACUCUUGAAUUGGCUACUCGUUUGCCCCAAUUACGAGCUGUGAUUCUUCAUAGUCCUAUCUUGUCUGGGCUUAGGGUCAUGUACCCUGUUAAGAAAACUUUUUGGUUUGACAUUUAUAAGAACAUUGAUAAAAUUCCACUAGUCAACUGCCCAGUUCUGGUAAUUCAUGGAACUGAAGAUGACGUUGUGGAUUUUUCCCAUGGGAAGCAGUUGUGGGAGCUCUGUAAAGAAAAAUAUGAACCUUUGUGGCUCAAAGGAGGAAAUCACUGCAAUUUAGAACUCUAUCCGGAGUACUUAAGGCACCUCAGGAAGUUCAUAUCCGCCAUUGAGAAACUGCCACCGCAUCUUAGAAAUGUAUCCGAACAAAGUGCAGAUCAACCUGAGCAGCAGCCAGCGAACGUUCCAGAUUCCAAUAAGGAAAAAUCAAGGCCAAGCACAGAUCAUAAAGAGAAAGCUAGACCAAGUACUGGGCAGAGAGAAAAGACGAGGCUGAGUACAGAUAGUAGAGAAAAAGGAAGAGGCAGCACUGAUAGAAGAGAGAAGUCAAGAAAGAGCAUUGAUCGUGCAGCGAAAGCAAGAAACAGCACGGAUCAGCCUGAAAGAGCAAGGAACAGCUUCGAUCGGUUGGGAGAUAUGGUUAGAUCUGUUGGAUUGUGCAAUGUUGAUUGUCUGAAGCAGACAGCUUCGGAAGCCUAAGGGUUGUCUCUAUUGUAAUAUCCUUAAUUUGCAUAGCUCUCUGCUUGGUUUAUUGGUUGAGAUAUUGUAGAUGGAAGUGCUGACUUUAUUACUUCUGUAAUGCACGCAUAAGCAAGUAAUUAAACUAGCUAGGCUCUUUUUGCA